AUGCUGCACUUUUCCUGUCUUCUGUCGAUACUCUCUGGGUCUCGCAAGGAUGCACAUCUCGUUCUUAAAAAAUGGAUUCACAUUGGUGUCUCAUUAGCACGAAAUGGAGACGCGUUUGCAUGUGCAUGUAUUGCUGGCGCACUCUUGGAAAAGGCGCUUACUUCCCUGACAUGGUUGUGGAAUUCUCUCGAUGUUCAUGCCAAAAGCGAGUAUGCAACUCUCAAAAGUAUCAACGAAUCAUUAGUGAGAGGAGAGAAACUCGAGGUUCACAACUAUUCUACUGUUGUGCCCUUUCUGCAGCCUACUUUGGAAAUUUUGUCUAAUGAGGACUCCCAUUACUUAGACGGCACGAGUUUUGCCAGCGAAAGUCGCUGUGGGCAUGGCUGGAUAGAGCCCGUGAUUGGUGCAUGGCGGCUGACGAAUCAUUGUAAAGCGGCUCGAAUUAAAUUUGCACGGGCCGACGGCAGUGUUAUGACUCACUCCUUCCUUUGCCGGCUUUUCAUCGGUGCUGAGAGUCACAAGGAUCGCUUACAGGUGGUGAAUGGAGUCAUUCAGCGGAUAGCCGAUGAAUGC